AAUAAAAACGAAUGGAGAAAGUGUGUAUAUAUAUAUAUGCACUUACCGCCCAAAUAAAAAAAAUGUGCACUUACGACUUCAAGUAUGUCUUUGAAAUUUCACCUUCAAUAAAAAUAAUGGUGAACUACUUUUCAAUCUUAACCUUUCUGACAUGGGACAAUUUGGUCCAAAAUUCUCAUUUCAUGCUACUAAUAGUCCUAAACCUCUUGGAAAAGAUUCCGGAAUCGUCAAACUUGUCGCUCUGUCAGAAAAAGCCUCAAGCAACGCCGGAGAAAGAGCCCCUUACAGGGACAGCCAUGGAACAGAGACUAAUCACGCUCUCAGGCACAAGCAGACUCCCAGAGUACCAGCCUUAGCAAGCGGAAGCGGCGGAAGUGAGACAUAAAGGACCGUCAACACUAGUUUAAUAGAUAUUUUGUUCAUUA